AUGCUCUUGGCAAACUUGCUUGUUCUUGCAACGGCCGCUGUAGGCGCCGUCGCCCAAUACGACGACGUUCAAUACGACUACGACGAAGCGCAGUCCAUCCCAAAAACAGCAGCUGAGAUCUACGAGAACGAAACGUGCUCGGGUUCUCCAGCUAUUACUCUUUUUACUGAGUGUAGCAACCUUGAUCUUAGGUAG